UCUUCACUCACUCACUCAGUCAGUGAGCCGCUGCUGCGGUCCGAUACAGCGGGUAGCUACAGGCGAACUCCAGCUGUAACGCGAUGUGUGUGUGAGAAUCAGUGUGUCGUCACGGUGCAACGCCUGUGGACACAAAGACACAACCUGCUACAGCGACUGUUUGGAUCAGACGUCCCGGGAAUCCUGGCUGAUAGUGAUGUUGUGGUGAUGCAGCGCUUCUGUCACUCCGUAAGCUGCUAGCUACACUUAGCAGCUUAGCCUCGCAGCUAGCAGCGCAGCUGGCUGUGGAAAAAGCGCAGAGCCGCCGGAAUAUCAACAGUAUCCGAACAGCACGACGUGGACAUCUUUAUUUUUCCUCCUUCUCGGCCGCUGCCUGGCAGCGUUUUCUCCUCCGCUGCUGAAUCAUCAUGGUGACUUCUCUGCUGACACGUCUGUCCCUCACGGAGAGAUCUCAGCCAUGCUUGAUUUUUGGGUGGACUGAAGCAGGAAUGAGAUAAUAGAGUAACCUGGCCACUGCAUGGUGCUGCAACACGACCAGCGGCACUUAUAGACCCACACCGCCCUCUGCACAGUUUAUUCUCGCAGUUUAAAACAUGACCACACCAGCUCUCCUGCCGCUGUCAGGCCGCAGGAUACCCGCUCUGGCGCCGGGUUCCUCUUCCUUCUCCCACCACCGGGCCACGCUGAGGCUCUCUGAGAAGUUCAUCCUCCUCCUCAUCCUUAGUGCCUUCAUCACCUUAUGUUUUGGGGCCUUUUUCUUCCUCCCAGACAAUUCCAAGCACAAGCGUUUUGACCUGGGUUUAGAGGACGUGCUCAUUCCUCACAUUGACUCACCCAAAGGCAGCAAACAUGUCGCUGGACAGAUGGUCAUACAUGGACAGGGAGGACAUGAUGAAAACAGGCACAGGGAGGAGGAGGAGAGCCUGAGGGACAAAAUACGGGCAGACCAUGAACGAGCGCUUCAGGAGGCAAAGGAGAAGCUUCAAAAAUCACGUGAGGAGCUGCAAGCAGAUAUUCAAACUGAGAAGAACAAAAUUAUUGAUGACCUGAAGAAGAAAGACGUGGGUCCUAAACCUUUGCCACCUGUCCCCAUGCCAAAAGUGGUGGGGGUCAAUGAUGGCGAGCCGUCUGAACCCGAUGUUAAAGAAAAACGGAACAAGAUACGAGAGAUGACGAAGCACGCCUGGGAUAGCUACAGACAGUACGGUUGGGGUCACAAUGAACUGAAGCCUCUUGCCAAGAAGGGACAUUCCACAAACAUCUUCGGUAACUCCCAAUUGGGGGCGACCAUUGUGGACGCCUUAGACACGCUCUACAUCAUGGGACUGCAUGAGGAGUUCAAGGACGGCCAGGAGUGGAUCGAACAGAACUUGGACUUCAGUGUGAACGCAGAGGUGUCUGUUUUUGAGGUCAACAUCCGUUUUAUCGGAGGGCUUCUGGCUGCUUACUACCUCUCGGGACAGGAGAUGUUCAAGCUGAAGGCUGUUCAACUCGCUGAGAAGCUACUUCCUGCCUUCAACACCCCCACAGGAAUCCCGUGGGCGAUGGUCAACCUUAAGAGUGGUGUCGGCCGUAACUGGGGCUGGGCAUCAGCUGGCAGCAGCAUCCUGGCCGAGUUUGGGACUCUACACAUGGAAUUUGUCCACCUCACGUACCUGACAGGGAACCCUGUUUACUUCCAGAAGGUAAUGCACAUCAGGAAACUGCUAGCCAAAAUGGACCGUCCCAACGGGCUGUACCCAAACUACCUAAACCCGCGUACAGGCCGCUGGGGUCAGCAUCACACCUCGGUUGGCGGUCUGGGUGACAGUUUUUAUGAGUACCUGCUGAAGGCUUGGCUUAUGUCAGACAAAACAGACACAGAAGCCCGGAAAACAUACGAUGAUGCCAUUGAGGCCAUCGAGCGCCACCUGAUACGUAAAUCCAACGGCGGCCUGACCUUCAUUGGUGAAUGGAAGAACGGUCACCUGGAGAGGAAGAUGGGACACUUGGCAUGUUUUGCCGGCGGCAUGUUUGCAUUAGGUGCUGAUGGAUCACCUGAUGACAAGGCCGGACACUACCUGCAGCUGGGUGCCGAGAUUGCGCACACCUGCCACGAGUCGUACGACAGGACGGUACUGAAGCUCGGACCAGAGGCCUUUAAGUUUGACAGUGGCCUGGAAGCUGUGGCUGUGCGGCAGAAUGAGAAAUACUACAUCCUGCGACCGGAGGUGAUCGAGACCUACUGGUACAUGUGGAGGUUCACCCAUGACCCCAAAUACCGGCAGUGGGGCUGGGAGGCAGCACAGGCCAUUGAUAAGUACUGCAGGGUGAGCGGAGGCUUUUCUGGAGUGAAGGACGUCUACUCCUCCAACCCAUCGUACGAUGAUGUGCAGCAGAGCUUCUUUCUUGCCGAGACGCUCAAGUAUCUGUACCUGUUGUUCUCCAGUGAUGACCUGAUGGCAUUAGAGAGUUGGGUCUUCAACACGGAGGCUCACCCGCUCCCCGUUCUCCACCUGGGUAACAUCACCCUGCCUGGCAGCGAGGCAGCCCAGCAGUAGAUGGACCUGAGCUCUUUGUCCCCCACAACACCAGGAGGCGCCACCUGCCUCCUUAUAAACACUGGACGGAUUUACAUCCAGCUCCUCAGGCUCAUAGCUAUUUUUGGGGUUGCAGACAUGAACCAGAUUUGGGGGGGGGGGUGAUGAGAGAAGGAGCUGUGCACAGACCACUGCAGAGAGGAGAGGACGUGGAAAUGCUGAGUCUCUCCUUUGGUCUUUGCUUCAGUCACAGACUUCUGCUUCUCUCUCUCUCUCUGUCAGGAUGAUGGUGGGCACGACGCCCAGACCCGUGAGGGACGCGGCUCCAACAUGAGGAGGUUCAGACUUUUGUUCAUAUUUUUAGACUUGGUCAGACCAAACUUUUCUGUAACAAUCUUGAGCUGCGACACUGGGAAUCCGUACCGCGUCCUGUGAGGAAGCACGCGGUCAGGCACGUUGACACUGUACUGAUCAGUGCCACGUCUACUUUUUGAUCGGCAGAAGUCAACUUUAUAGGCUGUGAUGGGUUUUCUUCUUCCCCAAAUUAAUCUGCGGUGGUUGGCGGGGACACAGGAUUGAAUCACAGCCCUCUGCUUCUUCCUGAACAAACCCCGCCCUUCUCCACGACCAGUUUAGUAUCCAUUAGAUGAACUUUGACCUGGAACUGUUAGCAGCUGGUCACAUCAUCACCAGAGGGGGGAGGGG